CGAUGUGUUGUUUUAGGCGGUGGUGGCACGGGCAAUAAUAUACUGGGUUUGAUACCAUUAAAAAAUCUGCUGCUAUUUCCAUGUGCCUCAGCACAAAGGAUAUUGCGCAUUUAUGAUGCAGAAAUGUUUCUACAGUGGUGAGAAGAAAGCUUGCGUUCAUAUAUUGGGAUCUGCACACCUGACGUAGCCCAGUUGGCGAACAUAGAUUGUUUUUAACGUUCAGCUUCGAAAUGAAUACAGAUGUGAUCAAUUCUCUUGAGAAAGUGGGACCAGAACAUAUUGAGGAGCUCCUCAACAGAUUAUCAAACCAGUUGAAUGGCGUGUUCGAGUUCCCUGAGCUGGCGGCGGAGGGCCGCCGGGAGCGGGUGUGGCGCUGCCUGUUCAGGUGGCUGGAGGCUGACGGCGCCGGCGCCGCCGUCCGUCGGGCGGCGCUCGGUCUGCUCCGCAUCCUCACCCGGGACAAGGAUGGCCUGGACCGGCUGGUCAGCCGGCAGCGCGUGGAGCGGCUGGUGGUGCUGGCCGGACUACAGACACAAGACAGCCUGGAGGAGCGGCCCGACAACAACCCCGACUACACGGUGGUGGAGGAGGCGGUCAAGUGCCUGUGUAACCUGAGCCACCAGAGCCGGGCGGCGCGCCAGCUGGCCGCCCAGAGCGCCGCCUGCCUGCAGGGCCUGACGCUGCGCCUGCGCGCCUUCCGCGAGCCCGAGCUCACGCACGGUGUCAAGCUGUUCUCCGUGCGGCUGCUCUUCCUGCUGGCCACCCUGUGCCCGGAGAUCAGGCCAGCGCUGGUGCACGACUACCACGGUCUGACGUACAUGACGGAGGUGCUGGACCUGCUGCUGAGCACGUGCAUCGCCGCUCCGGCCGGCCCGGCCGACGUCAGGGCGCGGGGCGUCGAGCUGGCCUCCGAGGUGCUGAAGACGGUGUACGCCCUCUCGGUGUCGCUUGCCUCGCCCGACGAGGAGGACGAGGGCCACCUGAUGCGACUGACCGAGGUGCUGCGCGAGUACCUGGUGCUGCCGCACAGCCCGGCCGACCUGCUCAACUACGUGGUGCAGGUGCUGACGACGGUGCCGUCCAGCUGUUACACGGCGCUGGUGGUUCCGGAGACGGCCGGCGCCCGGGCCGACGCCGAGGGCGACACGGCCGCGCUCGACGCUGUGCUCGGCAUCCUCACUGACAAGAUACAGCAGCCGCAGUCGGCCGUCAGCCAGCGGGAGCAGCUGACGCCCGUGCUGCUGCUGCUCUGCCACUCCAGCAAGGCGUGCCGCACCAUCCGGCGCUACUUCAGGGUCAAGAUCCUGCCGCCGAGACGAGACGUUAUGCUUCGUCCCGAGCAGGGCAACUCGCUGAAGAGUCAGCUGGUCAAGCUGAUGACCUCGCCGGUGUCAGAGGUCAAGGACCUGGCCGCUCACUUCCUCUUCAUCCUGUGCAAGGAGGACGUGGGGCGCUUCGUCAAGUACACGGGCUACGGGAACGCGGCUGGCCUGCUGGCGGCGCGCGGCCUCAUGCUGGGCGGACCGCGCAGCGCCGGCUACUCCUCCGACUCCGACUCCGACACGGACGAGUACGUCCAGUACCGGGACAGGAUGGACCCGGUCACGGGUCGGGUGGAGCCUGAGCAGUCCGACCCCAUGGAGGGCAUGUCCGAGGAGCGCAAGGAGCACGAGGCCGAGAAGCUGGCCAACCUCAUCAGCAAGUCAAUUGACCUCGGCCUCAUCCAGCCGUGUCGGAUCGGGGAGGACGGCAAGCCCCACCCCAUCUCCCACGUGCUGGAGCUGCAAGACCAAGCAGAGCCGGCAGCUGGCAGCGACGACGAAUAGCGGCGGGCGGCGUCGGUGAGCCGUGUCCAGUCCGCGCCGCGUCCCGUGGCGGGAGCCUCGCCCUCCGCCCUCCACCGACCGCGUACCCGGCCCGGUCGACUGCGCGGGUCUAGGACCGGUCCAGCUGCCAUCCCGUUCGUGCUGGCUCAGCGGGAGACAUCGACGCUGCGUGCUUCGGCGCUCCGCCGAAGUCAGACCGCACCGGCGACGGUCUGAGCGGCAUCAGGUCGAUUCGGGCGAACGCUGCCCGGCGUGCCGUGCGCGUGGAUCGAGGGUGCUUCGCGGAGCUGCACGGCGCCAGCCGGCGGGUUUCCGCUGCCGGCCCGGCCCGCUGCCGCUCGCGGCCGCUGCUCAGCCGGCGAGGCCAUGGCGGCACCGCCUAGUGCCCCGCUCACAUCUUCCUAUAGCGGGCGCCGCGUGCCGACUGCCCCAGUGGCGUGGACGCCUCUGGCCGGCGGAUCGCGUUCUCCCCGUGUCGCUUGUAUUGUCAUGUAGUACCUCCGUUCCCCGUCAGAUGUCGGGCUGGCCCGAUCCGAGCUCUGCAGUGGCGCGCUUGCCGCGACGGGUGGAUGGCGCUGGUAUGGUGCAGACACGGCGCACGGCCCUGGUGCUGUAGGCGGAGGGGGGUGGGGCCGACAGUGCGGGGCUGCGCGCCCCUCCGGUCGUGUGGCCGGCGCCGGCCGGCCUCUGUCCGUCACUGGCUGCUGCCUGGGGAGCAUCGCUGCCGGCCGGCCGUGACAGCUCGGGCCGCGCGCUGGGAGGGGUAUC